AUAAAUGAAUGCUAAAACCAAUAAGAAUAAUCAACAAAGAGGUUAUGAUUAUAUAAAUAGCAUUUGAUUCUGAUAUGACAUUACUGUGAUUAUAGAAACUACUUAAAGAGAACUCAUCAACAUGAGUUCCUUUAACUCACAACCCCAAAAGACUUAUGGCUCACCAUGUGCAUCAUGUAAAUUUCUAAGAAGAAAGUGUGAUGCAGACUGCAUCUUUGCCCCCCAUUUUCCAGCAGAUCAACCUAAAAAAUUCGAAGUCGUCCAUAGGAUUUACGGCGCAAGUAACGUCUCUAAAAUUCUUAAGGCAUUGAGGUAUGAUGAGCGAGAAGAAACUGUCAACUCUCUAGUCUUUGAGGCAGAGGCUCGGCUGAGAGAUCCUGUGCGUGGUUGCGUUGCCUUGAUAUCAGAUCUUCAGGAUAGGCUUCAAAUGCUUCAAACUGAACUCUCCAUCGCUCGACGAGAGCUUUCGUCUUACAUGCCAUCAGAGCUUCCGCCAAAUUAUUCGUCUUACAUGGCAUCAAAGCUUCCGCCAAACUGGUCUUACAUGGCAUCAAAGCUUCGGCCAAACUCGUCUUACAUGGCAUCAAAGCUUCGACCAAACUUGUCUUAUAUGAUAUCAGAGCUUCUGCCAAAGUGGCCAGGUGAAUCUUCCACGAGUCAACGACCAAUGAUGGAGGGUCAAUCAUCGAGUCAACGGGUUGAUGGCUUUGGCACUACUAAUUACUAUGGAAUAAACAAUGAUGACGACAGACGACAUGUUGUAUUUCAACACCCAGUAACGACGACGGAGCAGUUGCUGCCGGCGACAGAGCAGCCACCGUCUCAAGAUAGUAUUGAUUUUUAGGGUUUUAUUGGUUUAUUAACAUAUUUACAAUCUUUUUGUUUGUUUCCAUUUGGUUGAAUUAUUUCAUUUGUGUAGGUUUAGAAAGAAAAUUCUUUUUGAAAUUUAAAAGUGAUAAAUAUUAUUAAUGUAGGCC